AUGGCGAUGCCCCAGCAGCUGGUGCAGGCGUGGACCGCCUGGGACCAGAAGGUGUCCGGCACCACCUUCGCGGUGCUCAAGGCGAUCAACUGGGACGUUCACCCGCUCAGUCCCGUGACCAAGGACUGGAUCGCGGUCGCGUCUCCUACCAUCCUGCUCACGUCCCUGAUGGCCUACCUCAUCAUCGUGGGCACCGGCGUGCGCGUCCUGAAAGACAAGCCUAAGGAUCCGACGAAGAAGGAUCCCGCGUGGGUUCGCGGCCUGGUGAUCUUCCACAACGUCUUCCUCGUCGCGCUCUCGCUCUACAUGUGCGGCGGCUGCCUCCUCGAGGCGUACAAGAACGGAUACAGCGUGUGGGGCAACGUGUACAACCCAAAGGAGACCGCCAUGGCGCACUACAUCUGGGUCUUCUACGUGAGCAAAAUGUACGAGUUCCUCGACACGUUCAUCAUGCUCAUCAAGAACAACCUGAAGCAGGUGUCCUUCCUGCACGUCUACCACCACGCGACCAUCUCUUUCGUGUGGUGGAUGAUCGCCCACAGGGCUCCCGGCGGCGACGCUUACUUCUCCGCGGCGCUCAACUCUUGGGUGCACGUCUGCAUGUAUUCCUAUUACCUGCUCGCCGUCUUGGUCGGCAAGGAUGAGAAGAGGCGGAAGAAGUACCUGUGGUGGGGCCGGUACCUCACGCAGAUGCAGAUGUUCCAGUUCUUCCUGAACUUGUGCCAGAGCGUGUACCUCCUCGCGUACCCGUCCUACCCCAAGUUCAUCUCCCAGAUUCUCUUCUACUACAUGAUCUCGCUCCUCGGACUCUUUGGACACUUUUACUACUCCAAGCACGUGUCGCCCAAGGCCAUCAAGGCCAAGGCCGCGGAGAAGAAGAAACAGUGA